GAGCUAAUAAUCUGCGGAAUUGAGUAUAGUUUGCACAAGCGUGACGAGCAGUGAAAUAUGUCUAGAGAAACCGUAAUUUUGGCCUACUCCGGGGGCCUGGACACUAGCUGCAUCCUUAAGUGGUUGCUGGACAAGCAGUAUGAGGUCGUAUGUGUCCUAGCCGAUGUUGGCCAGAAGGAAGAUUUCACCGCCGCCGAGAAGAAGGCCCUUAAAAUUGGUGCAAAAAAGGUGAUCGUGGCCGAUGUUAAGCAGUCCUUCGUUGAGGACUAUAUCUGGCCGGCCGUACAAAUGGGUCUGGUGUAUGAGGAGCGCUAUCUGCUGGGCACUUCUUUGGCGAGGCCCUGCAUCAGUGUUGCCCUGAUGAAGGUUGCCGCCGAUUAUGGGGCGAAGUACCUGGCCCACGGAGCCACCGGAAAGGGAAACGACCAGGUGCGCUUCGAAUUGUGCGCCUACGCCCUCAAACCGGAUCUGAAGAUCAUCGCUCCCUGGAGGGAUGAAGAAUUCUGCAGACAGUUUCAAGGUCGACAGGACCUCAUUGCCUAUGCCCAACAACACGGAAUCGAGGUGAGCGCCAAGCCAGCUACUCCCUGGAGCACUGAUGCCAACAUCCUGCACAUCAGCUACGAGUCCGGAAUACUCGAAGAUCCCAACACAUUGGCUCCGGAAAAUCUCUAUGAGAUGACAGUCGAUCCCCUGACCAAGGCUCCACGGGAGCCGGUGCGCUUGGUUAUUCAAUUCGAUAGGGGACUGCCCACCAGUGUGGAAGAUUUGGCCAGCAGUCGAGUCUACACGAAACCCCUGGAGAUGCUAGAUUUCCUCAAUAAGCUGGGCGGAUCUUAUGGCAUUGGACGGAUUGACAUCGUAGAAAAUCGCUUUGUGGGACUGAAAUCCCGAGGGGUGUACGAGACGCCCGGGGGCACCAUCCUUUUUGCUGCUCACCAGGACCUUGAAGUGUUUGCUUUGGACCGCGAAGUACUCCGCACCAAGCAGGUUCUGCGGGAUCGGAUGGCCGACUACGUCUACAAUGGCUUCUGGUUCAGUCCCGAGGCAAUUUAUGCCCGUAAAUGCAUCGAGUUGGCCGAGCAGCGCGUCUCCGGAAAGGUAACCGUGGAACUGGCCCCUGGAUAUUGCCGUGCAGUCGCCCGAAAGGCGGCCAAGGAUGUGGGAGCUCUUUACAACGAACAGCUCGUAUCGAUGGACGUCCAUGGCGGCUAUGUGCCGCAGGAUGCUGGUGGAUUCAUCGCCAUCAAUGCGGUCCGAAUCAGGGAACAUGUCCGUGCGUUUGGUGCCUACGAAGUCCCAAAGCAGAAAAACUAAACAAAUGAAAAAAAUAAAUUGAAGUUACAUA